AUGAAGAGCUCUCGAACCACGUCAAGGGAUGACCCUCACGAGUCCAUCAACACCACCUUUAACGCCGCGGUGAGAAGGUGCGACAAGGAUGCGAUAAAAUCAAUCCUGAAGUACGAUCUCCACUAUCUCAGCAGUCAGUGGAUGUGGCUUAGAGUCCUGGAAGAAGAGACUAGGUGGAACGGGUGGAACAUUGAGCGUGUGUCAGACCUUCUUGUCGAGCAUGACUUCGAGGAGGAGAUUCCCCAAGAGCAGGGAGACCAAAGCCUGCGAGCUGGAACAAUGACAAACCCUCUAAACGUGUCACGGAGCGACCGACGUCCGCCCCUCGAUAGAAUCUUCACCGCCUUGAUUAGAAGGUCUGAAGAGUACGUGCUGCAAUUAAUCUUAGAUAAUAAUUUCGAGGAUCUCACCGGCACGGAUAAGUGGAAAUGGCUUGAAGACGUAAUUCAGCUUGGAUACACCACGGACCGUAUAUCGCGCCUUCUUGUGGAACACCAGGAGCAACGGCCGUGGAUUAGUUUCGAGCCGCCAGUGACGACACAUCGGCUGCCAGGUCGAGAUUGGCAUGUUGCAGGCUGCAUCCAUCACCCGGACGAUGUUGGUGACGAUUUCAUGACGAGGCAGCCCGAUGAUUUUUCAGAUACAUCCGCGGUCGAGGUAAACCACUUGGUCGCAUCUCUAUGUGGACUGGCAGGAUUCGUGCCGUCCAGUUCCUGGUUCGAAUCGAACUGGUGCAGUGAAGUGAGCUUCGCUGAACAAGACCAAAGUCAGCAAGCCGUUGCCCUGAUACGUUGCCAGAAUCAUGUGGCACGACAUAUUAGCAGCCUUCGGGGUUUCUGCACAGCUGCAGCAGAGUUGCAACGAACAGGUCGCUGCUGCGACUCAUAUACGGUCUUAUGCAAAACAGGUGAGAGAUCGGUGCAGGCCUGUCAAAUCCCCUUUGAUCUUGGCGUCAAAAUGCUUGUCUUGCUCGAUGAUGUUUCAAAGAGGAAGCGCCGGGCCUGGGAAGACCUCACAUCGUGCGCAGUCGAAAUCGUGCGCCGAAUACCGGGUCUCACAACGAUACUGGACACAUGGCGGAACAGCUUAUCGAUUUGUGCUCUCGCAGAGCAUAUCCUGUGUCUUAGCCUCGCUUCUUACUCACAAGGGCACACUGGCGACUUGGAUCUCUUCUUCUUGGAAUGCAGCUUGAAAGGGGUGGAUUUGCUCGGCACGGACAGUUCGGAUGUGGAUCCUAGACCCAUGGUGCGAUUCCAGCCGAUACGGCUUUCGUGCCUCGAUGGUAUGCUCGAGGCUCCAGUGAUGGCAUUUACAGUUGCCAUGCCCGGGGAUCCCUGGAUCGAGCCUCAUCAAGAGAAUCGGGAGAAUGGCGCCCACGAUCUCAUAGCGACCCCGGAGCAGAUUCUAGAUAUAUGGGGCCCUGGCUUCAUCAUUCCUGAGUUCAUUUCAGAGGCUGCGACUAGGUCCGCUUGCAUAGUCAUUGGUGGAGGAGUAGUCUAUCCUGUCGCUGAUGGCAAAUACCACUGGACUCGUCGUUUGGAUGUUUCUCACGCCUAUCAUCUGGCGAAGAUCGACCUGAAAGAACCGAUUGAGAUUGGGGCCAACGUCGAAGUUGCCAACGGCCUGUGUUCCCACAACAUAUCGGGGAUGCGAGCGAAGAGUGCCGAAUACAGGAGACCGCUGGGGACCUACGAUCCUUUCUGGCUCCACGACCGAGAGCGUGAAAUUGGAGCUCAGGUCGGCAUGUACGUGGUCCCUCAGUUUGUGUCCAAGUCACAGAAGAAUGAUGGUAUAUCGCUGAAAAAACGCGAGAUGGAUCGCUUGCGCGCUCAUAGACUGGAUCCAGCUUUCCUCGAAUCCACAUGGGGCCUUCAAGUGAGCCUCUGUUCGGGCUUCGCGAAGAGAGUCAAGAUUCGUGAGCUCUUGGCCGACCUACUCCCCUUGUACGCGGAGCGGUACAUCCACCAAUACCCAGAGUGGGAGAAACUCCGAGAUGACUUCAACAUACCUGAAGAGCUCAGGCAAGGAAACAAGGCCCUUCUGAAACAGAUAGGCGCCUCGGACAGACGCAGCCUGCUGGCGCUCUGCGACCUCAUCGAAGGUCUUAUGUCCACCUUGCAGACAACAGGCAUCGACACCACUGGCAGACACUUCAUCGUCGCCCUCUUCCCUACCAGCCACGAAGAGCCCAUCGAGUCCCUUCACUUCACCACCGAAGCCGACAACCUCUGGACCAACAUCCUCCGAGACACCUCCAUGACCUGCACCUUCGCUUACUUCACCACUUCCUGUCUCCAACUCAAAAACUUCGGCUGCCGCAUGGCCGAAGCACGCUGGCACGGCCAAGUCCCCUUCCUCGAAACAGAAGUCUACCGCGCCUUCGAAUCGCGGCCCACAAAAACCACCGCUUCCACUUUCCGUCUCGAAGAUGGAGAUACCUACGCCAUCGGCCCGGAGACGGGGAUCCAGCGUCUAGUCUGGAUGUCAAUGGCACUCCACGCGGCGGUGGUGCGCCCACACCCCGCGGAGGAUGCAAGGCUGAUAGUCCGACAGAGCCUGAUCCCGCAGCAGCAUCUGAGGAGGAUGAUGUUGAAGCCGUCGAGGGGCAGGUUGCAGGAGCGGUCGGGCCCCGGGGUGGAGGUCUCGGCUUGUAGGGCGUUCAUUAUGAGUCGGGAGGAUGAGAGGUUGAUGUUUGCGUGA